GACGCGCGCGCUUGGCCUUUUUGUGGAUUCCUUUCUUUAUUGUUUCUUCGCCCCAUACAUCACCUCGCUCUGGGAGCCAUGUUGUUUUUGGGGUGGCGUGGGGUUUUGGCAGGCCUGCUGUUAGGGUCACCCACCAGAGUGUCUGCGCUGGAGCUGAACAUCAACAACACUCAAUCAAUCAAAGAUGCCGCAACAGUCACGGUUUACAACACACUCUCAAACUCGUCCAUAAGUGGUGACGUAAAUCCUGUGUACGGUGACGAUAAUCAGUGGAUCUUCAACUCAUCGACCGUUGAGGCCUGGCUCUACUCGACAUUGAUCCCGUUCUGGAACAUAACUGGAAAUAACACCUACAAUGACCUCAUCACCAAGCGCAUGUACAGUAAAGUGGAUCUGGAACUCGCUACAUCAUGGGAGGAAUCCAACAACGAUACGAAUAUGAACCAUGCUGCCUGGGCACUGGCCGCUGUGACGGCAGCUGAGAUGGACUUUCCAGCUGAUUCUUCCAAGAAAUCUUGGCUGACAUACGCAGAGCAGGCCGAGGGAACCUUGUCAAGUACGUGGGGCUUUUCAAAUGUAUGCGGCGGCGGCCUCGAGAGCAAUAAUGAUGAUCUGAGUGCUUCCAAUUCAUCACGGAAGGACGCCGUCAGUAACGGGGAGUACUUUCAGCUGGCCUCGCGCUUGGCGUACCUCACCACUGGCGACAAUCAAGCUGGAUAUGCAAGCGAUGCAUCAACAGUCUGGGAUUGGAGUGUGAGUAGUGACAUGGUAGUUGAGAGCAACUGGACCAUCAAUUUCAUGGUUGAAAACACGACCGCCAGUGGCAAUUGCUCGUCGUAUUACGGCACUAGGGUCGAGUACACCUAUCCAUAUGGCUUGUACUUGAGCGGCGCAGCAUAUAUGUACAAUGUGACUAGCGCAGCGAUUUGGAAAACAAGGGCAGAAGGGUUGCUAAAUACCACUCUGAGUAUGUUUGUCGAUGACGGGGUGAUAGUUGAACGGGCGAUCAAUCUUAAUCCCGACUUGGGAUGGGAGGGCGACAUAGUUUGGGAUGAUGAUGAAUAUGCGUUGAAGGGGCUUCUCGCAUCAUGCCUUGCGGUGACGACGCGUUUCCUGCCAGACACCAUCGAUAGAAUCGAACCGCUCCUCCGGAGCACUGCCAAGGCGGUGGCGAAGCAAUGUAGCGGCACGAGCAAUGGCACCGUCUGUGGUUCUGACUGGACUGAUUCGACUUAUGAUCAGAAUCCCAACUUUUUCAGUUCGAUGAGUGCUGUGAAUGCUUUCACCGCGAAUCUAAUGAUGGCGCAGAACUCCGUGAGCGCGAGUACCAGCGGGUCAAGUACCAAUGGGACGAGUAGUGGCACGGGGAAUGACACUGGGCGAGGGGGAAGCUCAAGCGGGCUCUCUGGCGGCGACAUUGCCGGCAUCGUGGUCGGCUCGGUUGCCGGCGUUGCCUUGAUUGCUGCUGCUGCCUUUUUCGCCGUUCGCAAGAAGAGAAAAGUAGCUGCUGGCGGAGCUGGGGGAGCGAUGCCGGAGGAGCACACAGCCAGCGACUCCAAGGGCAAUUAUCAAGCAGCAGAGGUGGAGCCAAACGAGAUUGCAGAGCUUCCCCAAGGCGCAGCCUCUUACACUUUUGCGGAGAUGGACACCGACACCGGGAUGCAGCCCCCGCCCCAGGAAUUGCCGCCUCAGGAAUUGAAGGAGGCCAAGACCAUCCGUUAUGAAUUGGCCUAACCGGCAUGUAGAGUAUGAUCAACUAAUGUACAUAAUCAGGUGGCGAUGAUCUGUCCUCUUUGCCUGGGAUUAUAGAGAGAUUUAUCAUUAUUCCCUUGAUUUCAUGAAAGC